GCUCCCCAGAGGAAGAAGGCGAGUCCCAAGGCAGAGCUGUCCGAGGGGCAGCAGCGGGAGAUCCGCGAGGCUUUCGAGCUCUUCCACACCGACGGCAGCGACAGCAUCGAUGUCAAGGAGCUCAAGGUGGCCAUGAGGGCCCUGGGCUUUGAACCUAAAAAAGAAGAGAUCAAGAAAAUGAUCUCAGACAUCGACAAGGAGGGGACAGGAAAGAUCAGCUUUGAUGACUUCUUGGCAGUGAUGACCCAGAAAAUGGCUGAAAAAGACUCCAGAGAGGAAAUUCUCAAGGCCUUCAAACUCUUCGACGACGACGAAACCGGCAAAAUCUCCUUCCAAAACCUCAAACGUGUGGCCAGAGAACUGGGGGAAAACCUCACAGAUGAGGAGCUGCAGGAGAUGAUCCAUGAGGCAGACAGAGAUGGGGAUGGGGAAGUGGACGAGCAGGAAUUCCUGCGGAUCAUGAAGAAGACCAGCCUGUACUGAAGCACAGUUGGAUUUAUUCCUUUGCACACAUGGUGUGGAUGCCUCAUUUUUUCCCCAGUCCUUUCUUUGUUUUGACUCAGCAUAAAAAAAAACCAGGCCAGUUUUGUUCCAAGUGGAUGGUUUUAAAGGUGUCUGUGAGCAGUUCCCCACCCUGUUUGCAUGCUGGUUGCUGCUUUGUGCUUGGGAGAUGUUUACGCUGCUUUCAGUGCACAAAUCACAUUUUUGGGGCAGGAUUCAGAUCC